AUGCUAAUGUCGAACCCAUAUGACGAUGUAUCUACGAAUAAUGAUGACAGUUGUUUCUGCUGUUGUCAUAGUAAAGGGGUCAGUAUUUACGAUUCCUAUCCGAUACAAAUGAGGUUGAAUUUGACUUUUAAUGAUGCUGGGGUAGGCAAAUGUGUUCUUCUGAAUAGGACAAAUUAUACUGCAAUAGUUAGAAAUAAUAGUAGAAGCAGCAACACCAGCACCAGCAGUUAUGGUAGUGCUGAUGGUUGUAGAAAGAAGAAUAGAAACAGGGGUAAUGACAAGAUAGACCCGUAUUCCCCCGACUUACUGAAUCAAGUCUUUAUAUGGGAUGAUUUAUUGAAAAAAUCUAUCUUUAAAUUGACUUUCUUAUAUCCAGUAGACAAAGUUUUUUUGACUAGAUUAUAUUUAGUGAUUCUAUCUCAUAAAGAAAUCCAGAUUUUUACUUUCACUAAUCCACCAAGAAGAUUAUUCGAUUCACAUAUUUUGAAAACUGAUAACAGCCACACCACUGAGAACAUCGACUUUAGAUUACUUAAAUCAAUCGGACUCCUUGCAUAUGAAUCAGUUAAUAAGUCAGGACAAGUCUACAUAUCCCGUUUAGAUUAUGACAGUAUGAUCUGUAAUAGUAGUAGUAGUGGCAUCAGCAGCAGCAGCAAAGAUAGUAGUGACUAUAUUCCAACAAAUAUUAUAAAAGCACAUAAAAAUCCUAUCCAACUGAUAAAAUUGAGUCCACAUGGGAAAUAUGUGGCUACUUGUUCCACAAGGGGCACCAUAGUGCGCGUAUUCAGUACAAUCAAUGGAUUGCUAAUAAAUGAGUACCGCCGAGGUUUAGAUUCUACAACUAUAUAUAAUAUGAAAUUUAGUCAGGAUGAUAGGUUUUUGUGUGUGAUAUCGAGCAAACAAACGUUACACGUCUUCCAAAUAGAAGAUGGAGUAGGUGGUGGAGGAAAUAACAAAGAUAUCAAACAUAAUCAUUUUAAAAGAUCUGUUUGUUCAAUAAAGCUUUUCAACCCAUUGAUAAGAGAUAGUAAAGAAUCAUUUAGAUCUAAUGAUAUGUGUGAAAUCAUUUGGAAUGAGUAUGGGGAACAUGAGAAUGGGAAGCGGAGAGACAAAGUCAAAUAUGGGAUAAUAUUAGUUUGGUAUAAAUAUAGAAUAUGGAUACGAUACAUUAUAACUUACAAUGAGAUAUCAACUAAACAAUUUGAGAUAGUUAAGGAAUCAUGGAGACAAUUAUAA